AUGGGCCUUUGCAUGUCUUUCCCACGUCAUCGUCGCUUCGCACCUAUGCCUAUGGGAAUGGGAAUGGGUGGAGGAUUCGGUCCACCACCCCGACGACAUUAUCACAGUGGAGGAAUGGGAAUGGGAGGAAUGGGAGGCGGUUACGGAUACGGUGGUGGAUGGGGUGGACCUCCCGGUGGUGGUUGGGGCCCUGGUCCAGGAUUUGGGGGUCGCCGAUCUGGCUUUGGCCCCGGAGGUGGAUUUGGGGGGCCCCGAGGUGGACGAAGAGGUCGACGCUGUUGA